AUGGUGCCACGCUGUUCGGCCAUUUUUUCCCUGCUCGCGCUGUGCGGAAGCGGCUCUGACAGCUUCAGGCAAGAGCUACAGUCCAAGCUCAAACUUGCAAAAGAUGCUGACACCUCCCUUGACAAUGUUGACGUGCCGUUGGCCGUCGAGGCGUCCCGCUGCUCCCAGCUGCUGCGAGCCAAGCUAGGCGCAGCGCCAUCCUUGGGUCCAGUCAUUGAUAUGGGGGCUCCGUCUAUGGUCACUGCUUGGCUUUUGCGCGAGAAGAAGGUGGUGAUCUCUGUGGGCGAAGAAGGCCGCUCGCGGCCCGCGGACGCGGCGACGCGGCCGCGGACGCGGCGAUGGAUUUGGGUUACCCAGCCCUUGGAGCUUUUGCUCACCACGCUGCGGGAGCUUUUUGGUGACAGAGAAGAGUCCAGGAUACGAGAACCACCGAGUCUCCUCUUCAUCGAAGCGGACCAGCUACUGCAACGCGGAGCCCUGCAGCGGACCAGCCAUACCCUCCGCUCGGUCCGUCCCCUCCUCUCCGACUUGGCCGUUUCGGGGGUCAUGCUCAGUGACGAUGGGAAGGAGGUGCCACACUGGAUGCUUCCAUCUGUACUUGCACCAGUCCUGGAUGCCAAGAACAAGAUGAACAUCGAGCUUCCUUGCUGGACCAUUGGCUGUACGAGCGGCCUGACUGGAGGCGGACUGGCAUUGGUGAUGAUUGUUAAGAACGAGGCGCGCUUGAUCCGCCAGACGCUACAGAGUGUGCUCGAGGCCGCGGACCGCGCGGUGAUCUUGGACACGGGUUCCACCGACGGGACGCAGGAGAUCCUGCGAGAGGUUUCCCAACAACAGAACUUCCCGCUGGAACUCUACGAAGAGCCCUUCGUGGACUUCGCAACCACCCGGAACCGUGCGCUGCAGCUGGCGGGGCAAAGCUCUGAGUUUGUUUUGAUGCUCAGUGGCGAUGAGACACUGGUUCACGGCGCCCAGUUGCGGCGCUUCGUCACGCAACACAGUGGCUACUGCGGAGGCUCUGAGGAGGUCUUCAAUGUGCGCGUCUUCAUGGGCUCAAAGACUUGGUAUUGGUCGGAGCGUUUGAUGCGUUCCAAGAAUCACCAAGAACCUGGCUGGCCUCAGAACAGCAGCUCUUGGCGCUACGUGGGUGUGACCCACGAAGCUUACAUCCACCCGGUGAGGACUUUGAGCAAUGAUUUGUUCAUCAACUACAUCGGCGAUACGGAUGCAUCCCAGCUGGAAGGGCUGCCAGAACCUGUCGCAGGAAGCUUCUACAUCUCCCACAAUGCCGAACGAACUGAGGAGAAAUCAACAAGAAGGUUGCGGCAAGAUGUGCAGUUGCUUGAGGACUAUUUGAAUAAGGAUGACGCCCACUUGGAUGCUUGGCAAUACACACGUGCGAUCUUUUACUUGGCACAGUCACAUCGUUCCCUGCAGAACUUCGAAGUCGCCAAAGAGCUUUGGGAGCGAUACCUGACUUCAGAGAUCUCUGGCCUCCGGCAGUUCUCAUACCUUCGCUAUGGCGCGCACAUGGGUCUGGGGCAGAUCUGCGCCCAACAGCCCAGCUUGUGGCGUCACACCACUGCGACCAGCCGGAGCUGCCUGCAGCAUUUCGAGGAAGCACAUCAGCUUUGUCCACGGGCGGAACCCAUGGUCUACUUGGCGCUCUCCAUGCCUGACGGCGCCAAGGAGCGAAGGCUGGCGCUGCAGCGCGCAAAGGAAGUUCAGCACUUGCAGGCAUCGACGGGUCAUUGCGCCAUUUUUGCCGAAGAGUCCGUCUAUCAGCAGAUAGAUACGUUCAUCGAUCGACUUCCCAACGGCUUUUGCCGAAAGCGAAAUCUGGUCGAUGAGUUCGGCCAUGGCUACCGGAUGACCACGGAUGACUUGGAGGAUGCUGAAGGGACCUAUGUCUACGUGAAGUUGGCGCAGGUGCCAAGGACCUUUCAAUGGCAGACGGUGCCGGGGAAGUUGCACUCUCCGCAGUCCAACCGGCUGGAAGAGGUGGGAGUCGAAACACGACCACUGCAGGAGAGUCCUCCGGGAGUCUCUUUGACUUGGUGCCGGAACCUGUGUGCCAUGAGCAGGCUUUGUGGCUGCUUUGUUUAUAGCGAUGUCACCAAGAAGUGUGAACGCUUUGCAAACUGCCAGCGGGCCAUCAUCGACCCGAUUCCCCGUGUGCACACCAUCCGGGGCAUCAAUGGGGAACUUCCCACGGUGCCGGACUACAAGAUCCCCGACUUCCACUAUUGGAUCUACUACAAGAAGGCGGAGAUUGUCGGUGAAGACGCUCUUUUUCUGGAGGAGCGCAGCUGCUGGCCGAUGAUCCUUUGGGCUGUAUUGCUGGCUUCUUGCUGUUGGCUGUGUUUGUUCCUGAUCCUUCGGGUUCUUGGCCGGAAGGACAGACUCUACGAGCCUUUAGAAGGAUUGCCCGAUUACAACAUCGUCCUGGAGAACGCCUCCAAAGUCUCGAGGUCGAAGACAGAUGUGUUUUGCCGCGUGCUGAAGUCAAUCAAUUUGAGGAAUUCUUCCAAGAUGACCGAGACGUUGAUGGGUGUACUGGAACUGAUGUUUGACGCUGAGGGUGGUGUUGCUGCUAGCAGCGUCAGCAAGAUGGCAACACCUAGUGGAGCAACACUAAGUAGAGCUCGAGCAAAAGUAGACCUUGCACUGAUGAUAAUCAGACGACAUCAUUGGAGGAAGGUCAUCAAAGAUACAUCCAUUCAGCUAGGUUAUGAUGCGACAACAAUGUCUAAAGAGAUGAUGAUCGCUCAAGAGCAUUCCAUACCGUGA